AUCAGUUGGCGCUGCUUUUGUUUUGUGAUUGUGUCGAAAGGCAGGGAAAAUUCUCAUAGAGAUUUCUCAGGAAUUUCCCACUAAAACCCUAGCGAAACGGUGGUGAAUCGCGAGUUUAAUUGCGCCAGAGGAUGCCAAGAGUGCUGUGAGAGUGUGCGCCGGGCAUUUCGCUGUGAGAAGUGCGUGUCCGCGAGUGGAAAGGUUGAACUUUGUGACGGAGUUGACAGGUCCGGAGAUUGCUGAGAUCCGGGGAUGGGGCAUUUCUCGCGAAACUCCGCGAUUGUAGGUGCUUGAUAGCGGAGAUACUGUUGUGAAUCGCGGUGUACUAUGAUCGGCAUGAGCAUGUCGUUCAAAUUUGGCAGUGACGACGGGAAGAAGGACCGCGAAGCGAUCCACUCUGGGCAGUUUAUGGUGUCGCACUUCGAGGCGGAGGCGCAGGAGGACUGGGACGACGAGGAGAUGCCCGAUCCGGACAAGCCCAGCGAGACGAUCAGCGUCAACACAUGCACAGACGUCCAGCGAUACGUCCCACGCACAGUCGUCAAGAGCCGCAAUCAGGAGCUGUCCAUCGAGACGUCCCUCACGAAGCUGUUCAAGUGCAUGAAGCUCGCCUACAGACAAAAACUAACAUCCCCGAAAUGGAAUCGCUUCAAGGGCAUUCGCUUGCGCUGGAAGGAUAAGAUUCGUCUCAACAACUUGAUAUGGAGAUGCUGGCACAUGCAAUUUAUCAUGAGAAAAAAGACUUUAUGUCAAUUUGCUUCACCACUAGACUGCGAUAUUCACAAUAAACCAGAAGCAGUUGUUCUAGAGGGGAAAUAUUGGAAGCGUGACUUGCUAGUUAUAAGUGCAGAGUACAAGAAAUGGCGGAGAUUCCAUCAUCAUCGCACUCUGGAGCAUUCAAAUGCUCUUGACACACUAAGUGAGCGAGAUUUCGAUUGGUCAUCAAAUGACGACAGGAGCUUAAAUAAUAUAGACGAAUGUCAGUGGACCAGUGAUCUUCUAUUUUCGACCAUUUCUCAGCCAUUUCAGUUUCCUGAUUCUCGCGAAAUAGCUAGAGGGGCUGGAAUAGCGGACUUCAUACAGCCGAGUCUUGGGCCGCUGCAGCCCAAUCUUGAGGAUUUUAUGGAUACGUGCGAGCCGAUUCCGGAGCUGUUUGGCACGUCGCGUCUGCCGCCGGUGCAGGAGGAGGCGCCGGAUGAUCUGUUCAAGUCCAUCAAUCUGUACAUAAUGGGGUCAGAGCCGAUGGAGUCUGUCAACAUGAGUGAAAUAUCGACGGGCGGCAGUCAAGGGCAGAACAGUGGUGUGCCAUCGAUAGAGAGCGGCGCGUUGCUGGACGGUGGAAUUGAGGCGAAGUUGAAUGAUGUGUUCCAGCAGAACAGUCUUCACUACACGGCAAAGAUGUUGUCGCAUGACUUGAGCAACAUGCAGACGCCGCAGACAUUCGAUGGUGGCAUGCAGGCGUACCAGAAGCCGCCGCUGGCCGCGCACGGAUCGCUGGAUCAGACGGCGGGACAGUUCACGCAGCCGCUGGACAAACCCUCGCAUGGGAGUUACAGCAAAGGACCGCGCUUCUCGAGGACUUCGCUGAAGUUGGCCAAGCGAGAGCCGCACAACUAUGACAAGGCUCUGCCGACGCCUCAUCAGACGAACAUCUACAACCAGAUCCUGAUCCAGCAGCAGGAGCAGCAGCAGCAGCAGCAAUCCAUGCAGACGAUGAUGCAGAUGCCACAGACGCAGACAUAUCCGGCGCAGCAGAGCGUGAUGCAAGUGCCGCAGCAGAUGCCGAUGCAGCAGAGCCCGCAGACGCUGUACAAUCUGCUGUCGCAGCAGAGCUGCAAUGCGUACGAUCAGCGAUCCACGUCGCCCACGAAGGUGGCCUUCAGUCAGUACAAAUCCAUGUCCGUGGGAUAUCCGAGCGCCCAGAUGGUCACGACGGCUGUGCCCAUGAUGAGCGUCCAAUCCCCGCCCAGCAAUAUGAUUGCCAUCUCAGAGCCAGCGCCAAUCUCAAAGGAAAUGUACAGGUCCAACAGUUUGCCCCUGAACGCGAGUCUCCUGUUCAACAGCGGCGGCCAGAAGGAGGCCAACAGUCAGUUCGCCCUGCCCAAGUAUCAGCCGAAGGCGAAGGCGCGCAGCCGGAGCAAUUCGAUCGUGAUGAAGGCUCAGCCGCAGCAGCAAGUCAUCUCGUCCAGUCUGCAAGCGGCCACCAGCGAGCCGGCGCUCCUACAGCUGCUGCAGCAGCAGGCGGCGCCCAGCACGAGUCUGGGCAAGCUGGGCGGAUCGCAGACCAAUCUGACCAGCAGCUCGAGCACCGUUGCGCCCACGCCGAAGCGCCUCGACUCGAGUCCCGGCAAGAUCAUGGGCAACGAGUCGCCGUCGAGCGUCAUGGGCUUGUCGCCGGACGUCGUGGAGGAGAUAGGAGGUCCACUAUCGCCGUCCAAGGACACCAAAUAUCCACAGCGACGCGCCGGACACAUUCAUGCGGAGCAGAAGAGGCGCUACAACAUCAAGAACGGCUUCGAUGUGCUGCAAUCGCUGAUUCCGCAGCUGCAGCAGAAUCCAACGGCCAAGCUGAGCAAGGCGGCGAUCCUGCAAAAGGGCGCCGACUACAUUCGACAGCUGAGGGCGGAGCGCGCGGCCAUUCACGAGAAGACGGAAGCGAUGCGACUCGAGAGGGACAAGCUGAACAGUUCGCUCAAUCACCUGCACUCCAUCCUGCCCGCUAAUGGGGCUCCUGUGUCGCGUCAGCGCACCGGAAGAGUCCUUGAGCUGUACAAUCAGUACGUGCGCUACAGAUCGAUGGAAAACUGGAAAUUCUGGAUUUUCGGUUUGAUCUUCGAACCACUUCUCAACUCCUUCAACUCCACUGUCUCCAUUGCGAGUCUCGACGAAUUGUGCCGGACAGCGAUGCUCUGGGUAGACCAAAAUUGCUCACUUGUGGAGCUGCGACCAGCUGUGACGAAUAAGCUGCGCUACUUGUCCACCAACACGGACAUCCUGUCGGCGGAGAAUCCUUCGACGCUGCGCGAGGAGGUGCUGAAGGCGAUUUCGUCGCAACAGGCGCAACUCCAGGCCAGAUCGUCCGCCGCCAUGAACAGCAACUGACGCUGAAGGAGAGAUGUUCACAGACUGCGAACAGAAGUGCCUCCUGUGGCCAAGGAAGUUCGCCGUCGCGCAGCGUGUGAAGCAGGGCAAUGUUUUGUUUUUAUUCCUACGUUGUUAAUGUUUUUUUUUUUAAUAUUUUACCACUAUUUACCGUACCUUCGUAGCUCUUUUGUGUAAAUAAGUAAGAGUGUUGCAACACAAUUAAGAGGUGUUUUUUCCACACAUUUUACGUUUUUCUUUCGAUCGAGGAGAGUUUCUUUUAUUUCUGGUACAAAAUAAAUUUUUUUUUCUUUAGGUUUUUGUUGCGCAAAGCGAAGAAGUGUAAAAUUGAGAAGAAAGAAAAAUGCCUUAUUUUGCUGUAAUUGGAAAGGCGAUGUUUUUUUCUCUCUCUCCUUUUCUCGAUGGACAGAGAGGAAAAAGGG